AGAAAGACCAACCAAGCACAGGGUCUGUAUGUCCACUCUAGUCCUCCAUCAGGUGGUGCCUCAUCCAAGUGUGAUUCGUCAGUGGUUGCGAGGAGGAGAUGUGGAGAGGCUAGAGGCGGUGGUCGUACAAGGGUUGGGUCACAAGCUGCUAGGAGAGUAUGCUGCUGACAUCAAGGUCAGAGCUUUCCUCAAGACUGUGCCGUCUUAUCUGGCGAGGAUCGACAUGUUGCACGAAGCAGCUGUUAAGGGUCACCUAACGGAUCUUCAGACUCUUCUGAAACCCAGCAGCGACGGCUCCUUCACCCGCAAGAAGCUGUCUGCCCUGGCACUCAGCAAAGACUCCUCGGGGACUGGGCUGCUGCACAAGGCUGUGUACUACGGUCAUCGCGACAUGGUCAAGUGGCUGACCGAGCAGCAUCCUGGCACUGUGCGAGUGAGGGACAGAGAGGGAAGAUCGCCACUACACUACUGUGGAAGAGCCUCGGACCCAGAGUGGACCUGGAGCAUCCUCCGCCAGGCCGGUGCCGACGUUGCUCUCCUAGACGCCCGAGGACGUCCUCCCCAACACUACAUGGACCAUCCGGAGGAGGCUGAGCUGCCGUCAACACCGUCUGUCGUACCUCCAGGACGCUUCACUUCCGGGGCGAAUGGACUUGUGGUAAAACCAGCCAACAUCCGUAUCUGGAUCCACGACCGAGACCUCGGCAGGCUGGCGCAGGUGGUGUGGGAAGGAUACGGUGAGAAGCUGCGGACAGAGACUUCCCAGCACAAUCAAGUCAAGAACUUCUUGUCUGCCGUGCCUUACAUCAUGGGAGUGAUUAAGGACAUGCACACUGCAGCGAUUAACAAUGACACGAUCCUUCUGCGCAAAAGAACUGAACCUCCUGUUCCUCGACAAAUCGUUAUUGCGAAGGACCAAAAUGGCCUCACGCCUUUGCACAAGGCAGCAGGUCUGGGCCAUGUUGAGAUGGUUAGAGCUGUACUGUCAGCUUGUCCAGAGGCUGUAGGAGUGUUAGACCGAGAGGGCAGAUCCCCGCUGCAUCUUGCUGCGGCGGCUCGAGGCAGUGGAGCUACCUACGACCUCCUCCUAGAGCAGGGGGCUGACGAAAACAUUUUGGACAAGAAAGGGAGGGUCCCAAGCUACUAUAUACACAACGUGAAAGAAAUUGACCAGAAACAGCUGACCGUGGUUCCUGAGACAACUCGGACAUCCACAGUUUUCCCAGCCAACUGGGAAUGGAGCAGCUUGCGACUGGAUUGGCUAGGAGUGAAAAAACCCAAGCCUGCUCCUCCACCUCCACUCAAUAAUGGAGACAGCGCUUUUGAGGACGAAACUCCAGAGCGGAAUAGUUCUCAAGGGAAUGAGAUAAACAACAACUUUGCAAAAGAGCCACCAACUCGUCCUCAAACUUAUGACAUUGAUGUAGACCCAGAUGAAGGUGUAGAAGAAGAGGAAGAAGACAAAGAAAGAGGUUAUAUAGCAGAUAGUGAUGAACAGGAGGGACAUUAUGAGGCAGAAUAUGAAGAAGUGGACCCAGAGUAUGAGCUGACAAAUGAACCAGAGAGAAGAAAAGAAGACAAAACUCCAGAAGAAGAAAACGGGGAGAAAACAGAGGAAGAGACAAAAGAUAAUGAGGAAGAACAAGCAGAUGGCCGAGAAACAUCAGCUGAUCGAGAAGAGAGGCUUCAGAGGAUCAUAGAAGUCGGCAGCAUGGAACAGCUGGCUGAAGUAGUGCUAGCUGGUGAUGGAGAAUUAUUAGCAAAACAUAGCAGCAAAAACCCUGAUGUUCAAUUGUUUCUCGAUAACAUCCCUUCAUACAUGAAAAAAAUAGAGAAAGUGCAUACGGCGACGAGGGAAGGGAACCUUAGAGAACUUCAGGCUGCGUUAGACAGACGAAAGUUUGCUGUGGCCCGAGAGAGUAAGUCUACGUUGAGACUGAGUCCUCUACAUGUAGCUGUGUUGUACGGACGGACAGCUGUGGUGAGAUUCCUGACAAGUCGGUUUCCAGAGACUAUGAAAGUUGGGGACACGAAGGGUCGCACUCCGUUGCAUUACGCGGCCACGCUCAGCGACAACGGACAUUACUACAACUUGAUGGCGGACCUUGGUGGAGAUACUUCUGUGGAAGAUAAUAAUGGGAAGACAGCAGAAUUCUACAUAAAAAAUCCUGAUUUUAUAACUCAUGAAGAGCUUCUAGCAGAAUUCGAGGGGAGGAAACCCAGGGAAAAUGUUCAAAGCCCUAACAAAGGUUUGGCUGAAAAUACUGUUGCUGUGUCGGGGUUUCCAGUCUUUGGGCAGGAGGAGGGCCGGUAUUUAGCGUCUUCCCUGGGACGUCCCCUGAUCGCAGGGUUGAUAGAAGUUGCUUCUAGAAAACCUCCAGAUCCUGUAAGAUAUCUUGCUGACUACCUUCACAACUAUGAGGAGAUUCCUGAAAAUGACACUACCCGGGGAUUGGAAGAGAACUACUUUGAGGGAGAACAGCAAGAUCUGACAUCCCCUCCUCCCUCUCCUCCUCAUCCUUCAUCCCCUCCUCCUCUUCCUAUUUCUCAUCCUCUUCCUAUUCCACCUCCCCAUCACCCUUCCCCUCCCCUUGCUUCCUCUCCUCCACACAACGCGGAGGCUGAGAGAGUGGUUGAACAGAGGGUUGAAGAAGAAGCAAGAAUCACUACUCCGGAACCCCCACAAUCAGUUUUUAAACCUGUACAAAGGGAUGAGUUUGGCCAAAUGAUUCUCCACUUCGCGAUGGCCAGGACUCACGGUCGCAACGCAGUUCUGCAGAUGUUGCAAGAGAUAGACUGCAACAUCGCGUUGCGUGACGAGUUGUAUCGUACUCCGCGAGACGUUGCGCUGCAAGUCAGCCUGGUGGAUAAUGUGGAAGCUAUUGACAGAUAUGUUGUCAGUUUAGCAGCCACAGGUCAAGUAGACAAACUUCGUGAGCUUCUCCUCGAAGGUUAUGACCACAUUCUGGACACCCACGAUGACCAAGCCAGUAUUGUCGAGGUGGCCAAUGAGCGUGGACAAACCCAGGUCCUAGCCUUCCUCGACUCCAUCGCUAACUUUGAGGACCGCAGAGAACGAUUGCACAGAGCUAUCAGACUGGCUAGUGACAGCCAGGUACAUGAGAUGCUGCGUAACAAUCCCGGACUAGCGCUUGCCAAGAACUCUUACUCUCGCUGCAGUCUCCACGUCGCGGUGUUGAACCAACACGACCACAUCGUACAACACAUUGCCUCCCACUACCCCCAGACACUUACAGUGGGCGACAACCUCAUGAGAACACCUCUUCACUAUGCGAUGGGAGUGGAAAGAGUGGAGACACUCAGUAAAAUUCUGAUCCAAUCAGGAGCAACACGGGUUGUCAAAGACUUGAAAGGACGACAGCCGAGUUACUACUUCAUGAAUAAGUCAGAUGUACAAAAACUGCAAGAUGAAGAGGAUAUGCUCAGAGUUUGAGCUUCAAAUGUACAUGAAUAUUGAAUAUUUUUCAAAACCUAUUAUUACCGUACACAGUCAGUUUCAAAUCUGGUUGAUGAGGGGUUUUAAGCUCAAGAUCUUGUUUUGAAUUCGAGAUGUAAACAAGAAAAGAUUCGGAGCAACAAACCCCUUUUAACUGAAACGUUUUUUUCAACGUUCUCAUCUCACAAUGUCAUAAUUUGCGUUCAUAAUAUCUUUGAAUUAUGAUCAAUAAGACAAGGUAAUGAAAGAAGCAAACCAAUCAAAAUAUUUUUAUAAUAUUGUAGAUAUAAUUUUAUUUUUGAA